UCAAUUCCCAGCAGCACGUGGGGCAGGAAGAACCACCAUAACCCAUUUCCACUUUCACUUUAGUGCACAAGCCCGCUACUAGUAACUUUGCGUGAUAACACUUUGAAAUGAAUGGAACAUCACUUCAAUUUUGAAGACCACAGCAAUCAAGCACAUUCUGCGAGCUCACUACAAUAGUAGGGACACUUUUGUACUGUAUUAAGUUACAUGGCAGAUGAAUGCUGGAUGGAGUGUUCCCUUCGCCGGUCAUCAAAACUCAGCCAUGAAGUACUGGAAAAAGCAAAGAGGCGCUCAAUUAACAGGCCUAAUCCAAGACCAUCACCCAUGUUCACUCAGAACAAGAGAGACCCUGAGAGUAACUUUUCCCAUUCAAACCUGGACCGGGCUUUUGCAACAAUAGUGGAGUACAUGGCAGAAACUACCAGGCAGUGCAAGAUGUUUUACAAGUCUGUGGACCAGGCCGAGCCCAUUGAGCGUGAACAUAUAUGUCGAUAUCAUUCCCAGACCUCUAACCAGAAACAGACUGCUGCUCUAGCCGUUCAACCGGACAUUGGUUCAUCAGAGCCAGAGGAUUUCCUAAUUGAAGUGUCUCCAGGAACCUAUUCCAUCACAGCAGCCAUGCAGAAUACAAGGCCAAUAACCAAAACUGUCCGCAUCACUGCCGGGGAAAGCAAGAACCUCACGUUUAACCUCUGAAUUAGAAAUUCACCUGUGCAUUGUAUAGGUGAAGGACAAAGCUUGAACAAUUCUUGCACUAAAAUUUGUUAUCAUACUGACUCAGAUGUGUCAAAUAUAUUUUUAUUAUCCUCAAAUGCACUUAUUUUUACUCAUGAAUAUAUAUUAUAUAUAUGUAGGGAAUUAAAGCCAUAAUGACACAAAGUCACUUUUAAUGUGUGCAUUCUUUUUAACAUUUUAAUAAACAUUUGAAUAAUUUUUA